AUGGAAUAUUAUGGUCAUAGUAGCUUAGAAGAGAACGGCAUGAUCAUAUACUUUCCGAAUGAUAUCAAGAGACACAAAAAUGGAAAUUCAAGUGAAGUUUUCAAACUUACAUUCAUUUAUUUUUCUAGCUAUCCAUUGGUUCUUGUAUUACCAAAAGAUAUACUCGAUGAAAAUUUGAAAAAAGUAGCUCCAUGUCAUAAACUUCAACGGAAAGUUUUUAAUAAAAUAAAAUUUUUAAUAAUCAUAAAAUUUUCUCUAUUCAAAGUGUCAGCGAUUGUCUGGCGUUAUCCACGUGCAAAAUCACUUUUAUUGAGUGGUUCUUCGUUUUGUAAUAAAUGUUGUAUUAAUCUUGUUGUUAAAGAACCACAACCGAAUUCAAGUUCAUCGAGUAAUACAAAUAAUUGCAGUAGUUAUUUGGUUGUUUCAUACAACUGUUUUCCUUCUAAUGUCAUUGAUUGUUUUUCUCCUGCUCAUCAGCUUUCAAAAACAUAUGCACAUAUCUCAUGUUGUGAUUAA